AGAGAACCAUUUAAAAAAAAAACAUACAAAUUCAAUAUUAAACCAGAGAAAUAUUUUUCACAAACAAGAGCUACCCCCACCCCUCAAGAAACCAGGGUCAAAGUUCACAGGAAGCUGGGGGGCUGCCAUUUUUCCCUGCUGCUACUGCUAACGUUUAACGUUAGAUGCUAAAACGACGGGGAGGGGCGGUUGGUUUUGGAUUUUGUAGCUAGCUGGUAUCAACUGAUCGAAAUCGUUACACACAAAUCCGCCAUUUCUCCGACCGUUGUCGCUAACAACCAUUGUUAUUGGAUGAAUUCGGCAUGGAGAAGGUAGCGGAGCCGUCUUGGACUUCUUCGUACACCUAUCAGGUGAGCAAGCACAGUGCGGAGAUGCUACACAACCUCAACGUUCAGAGGAAAGAUGGAGGCAGGUUCUGCGAUGUGAUCCUACGCGUCGGCGAGGAGAGCUUCCCCGCACACAAAGCUGUGUUAGCCGCGUGCAGCGAGUAUUUCGAGUCGGUCUUCAGCCGCCAGACGGAGCGCGACGGCGACACCAAGGAGCUGGAGAUGCACACAAUCAGCCCGAAAGUUUUUAAAGACGUUUUGGACUUCGCCUACACCUCCAGGAUUGUGGUGCGACUGGAGUGCUUCCCGGAGUUGAUGACAGCUGCCAAGUUUCUGCUGAUGCGGUCCGUUAUUGAGAUAUGUCAGGAGGUAAUAAAACAGUCAAACGUACAAAUCCUCGUCCCGACUUCACGGGGAGGAGACGCCAGCCUGUUCCAGGCCACGGCGGCCGCGGAGCUGGGUUUUCCGGUGGCGCAGCAGGAUCUGGUAAACGGCACGGGGCUGCUGGUGAACGGCCAAUGCUUUGCUAACAAUGUACAGAUGCUUGUGGAUGGGAGUGAAGACAGAGACAUCGUGUUGUUGGAAGACGGCGGCGAGUCGUCAAUGCCAAUGUUGGAGCCUGUCGAAGGACUGUCCGUUUCCCCAUCAACGGAUAUACCGGGGAACACGUUUCAGCACGACGCUGGCUCCCCGGGGUCGAAAAGAAACCGGGGGAGACCAAAGAAAGCUGGUGGGGUUAUGGAGGCUGUACACUUUAAUCACAGCUCUCAGAAAGACAAUGGGCUGUUUCCUUGCGGGACUUGCGGUAAAGCUUUUACAGAGGCUUCCCGGUUGAAGAACCACGAAGCGCAACACGGAGCCCACACCGGCGGUGUAAACAACGUCGGUGACAGUCUGUCAACAGCGGGCGGCAUUUCUUUAAUGUCUCAGUCUGGUCUGGAGGAAAACGGCGUGCAGUUACACGGAGGGCUGACUGUGGAUAACGGCCGUAAACGAGAGAGGACCAGGCGGCAUGUCGGCUGUGAUAUUUGUGGUAAAGUUUUCCGCGACGUUUACCACCUGAACCGACACAAGCUCUCCCAUUCCGGGGAGAAGCCGUACGCAUGCCAUGUGUGCGGGCUCCGGUUCAAACGCAAGGACAGGAUGUCAUACCAUGUGCGGUCCCAUGACGGCUCAGUCGGCAAACCUUAUGUGUGCCAAAGCUGUGGUAAAGGUUUUUCAAGACCAGACCACCUGAACGGACAUAUCAAACAGGUUCACACAACAGAGAGACCCCACAAGUGCCAGAUUUGUAAUGCCUCUUUUGCUACAAGAGAUCGCCUCCGGUCACACCUUGCUUGCCAUGAGGACAAAAUCCCCUGCAAAGUUUGUGGCAAGUUCCUGCGAGCUGCCUACAUGACGGACCACCUCAAGAAACACAGUGAAGGGUCGCAUAACUACUGUGGCAUUUGCAACAAAGGUUUCUCCACUGCCUCCUACCUUAAGGUGCAUAUAAAGACUCACCAUGGCUCUCCACUGCCCCCCUCUGCCACAAUGCACACCUUCCCUGAGCCAAGGGGGGAGCUGCAGAUGCACAACGGCACCCCUUACCACAUGGGACGCCAGUGCUCAGUGGAAGACCUGUGCGCCAGUCGCCAGCUGCUUCUCACCUCGUCUGAGGCAGAGGGUCGCUUUCAUGGGCUCUCUCUUCCCCAGCCUGGCCCUCCAGCCUUGGGCCUGCAGCCUGAGCUGCUCAUGGGGAAGGCAGGUGGGGCUCCAUAUUUCUGGGAUUGUCGCUCUGGCGGGGUGCCUGGCUUCCCUGUCCAUGGGCCUGCUGCAGACGGGCAGGAAAACACUGGGAAGUGUCCUCAUCUGGAAUCAGAAGAAUCAGAUCCUUCAUUUGGGGAAUUGUCAAACGGCGACGAGCUUAAAUCUCCCCACAAACCUGACGGGCCGGAGCUCGAGAUGCCCUCUUUAGUCUGUAACGGAGCCUCUGCCGGGGCCUUGAGUUCUCCAGAAGGAUCUAAAGCAAAGAUGGACCCUGAGAAGAAGUUUACCUGCGGCAUCUGCGGUCAGGCCUUCCGCACCAAGUCCUACCUCAACAAGCACCAGCACAGAGUUCACAAAGCCCAGAAGGCUCAGGGGGUUUCAGGGUCAGCCUUAAAUGAGCUGGCCCCCUCCCUGACCUCUCCCUUCUCCCCUCAACAAAACAUGUCCCUGCUUGAGUCUUUUGGCUUUCAGAUAGUCCAGUCUGCUUUUGCCUCGUCACUGGUGGAUGCUGAGGCAGGUCAAAGUGGAAUCAACUUUGGAGGGAAGUGACAUAUUUGCUAAAGUUCCAGCAAUGCCUCUCAUUCUUAAGACAAAGCCGGGUUGCCCACAGAAGAGGCUCUGUAUUUGGGAAUAACUUUGCCUCAAGGUAACCGUUUCUGUUUGUUACGUCGCUGAAUGUGUAUCCAAUAUUUUUGUCACAGACUGCCAUACGAUUCCUACUUUUUCUACUUUUUCAGAGUAUGAAAAGUGCGUGCACGGUGUAUUAACUUUCUUUAUAAAGAAACGACAUGAAGGUUUUAUUUCCUUUAUCUGAUGUGGAAUCUGUUGAAGUAAUUUUUGGUAUUCUUACAUUUGUUUUUGGCUUGUGUGUUAUUGAGCUUUUCUUAGCUGCACAGACCUUUCUUGACAUGAGAUGAAUUAUUUACUGCAACCUUAAAACAAGUAAUUACUUAUUGUCUGUUCGCCCACUUUAACUGCUCUGAUGUACCUGGUAAAACAACAAUUGGCCAUUACAAUGAUUUUAAUGCUUCAUAUUCCUCAUUCCCUUUAAAGGCUGUAAACAGAUGUCUUUACCUCACAUCAACCAGAGGGCUGAAUUCUGUAUUUAUGUUGUUCUCUACUUUUCUUUAAGAAGGAUUUUGUUUUUCUUAAGCGCAGAGAUUUAAAUUGUCCUCAAUUUCGAUAGCAAGGUUUUCUUUUGAUCUAUUAAUUAUUCCGAUAAAAAUUCCUAACAGACCCAAGGCAUAUUUCAUGACACAUUUAUUGUAAGCAAUUUUCAAUCUUCAUAAAGAAAGUAUCAGUUUGCUGACCACUGAGGAGCACUGAAGGCUGUCAAGGACUUUAAUGAAUUACUAUUGACAGGAUCACAGUUAAAGCUGGAAAUAAAUUAGCUUUAAACUACGCGUUCGCACAUUGACUCUCUUGCAUUUCCUGCGUCGGUUUGUAUUGUUGGUUGUGCGCGUCCUCAAAAAGGAAUAGGUAUCGUCUGCCUAAGAAGCACUUCUAAAACAUGUAUUGUUACAGCAUCCACACAAAGCUCAUAUGAUAUUGAGGAGUGUUGUCAUUCACCAUUAACCUGAGCGGUUGUUAAUCGAGAGCAGAGUAGGUACACUAGAGCGAGUGCUAAAAGGGAUUUAAGAUCUAAAUGAAGCAAAUCUACUGGCAGCUCAUUUAGAUAUCAUUUUUUAAUUUAAAUGUUAAAAUGCAGAAGUAAGGAAAGGAAAGCCAUUAUUACUAUGAUCUAUACUGAAUGCAGGAAAACUUUUGAAAAUUAAUUUCCAACAUUUCUUUUUACCUGUAAAAUGUGUCUUGAAACUUGCCCUGAGCUUGUUAGGAAUGAGCUUCGUAUCCCCCCCCCCCCUACAAUGACACUGUUUCCAGGCCAUGUUUAUCGGGUAUUAAAUUAGCGAUGUUCAUUAAACGGGGACCAAGGUCAGGUAUAUUUUCAGUAUAUAUUUUGAAAAAUGUAGAUUAUAUUUUAUUAACUUAUUCAUGCCCCAGUUUUGUGUACAGUUUUUUUAAAUUGUCAAACAAAAAUCUUGUGAUUUGCUCGUUUUGAUAAUUGUUCACUCUAAAUUAUGUUUUGUGUGUGUGUGUGUGUGUGUGUGUGUGUGUGUCAGCUAGUGGGGUCAAAAGGUGUCACACCCUGAUCCUCCAGCAUCUGGACCGACCAAACGUAAUGCUACUUUUAUAGAGUCGAGUAAUUACACUCACUUUAUUUCCCCAGUGUUUCUUCCUCUUCAUCACAUGCACUUCUUUUAUUGCCCACCCACCUCCUGUCAGAUUUGCUUGUGCUGUUAGUAGAUGACAUGUCUUGUGUUUGCACUAAUGGCUAGAUUAAGGCGCAAGCUAUCCAUCAGUGUCUUGCAGUGAAAAUGUAAUUUAAUUUUUUUAAUCCAAAAUGUUGAACAGAGACAUCCCUGUGAUGAGGACAGACUUAAUUGGACGGUUCCUCAAAUCAAAUCACAAUGGGAUCCUCACAUCCACUUUCUCUGCUUUGCAUUGUUUCAUUUGAAAUCUCGCUCUUUUCCAAAUGACAACAUUUCUACGCCUCUGAAUUAGCUUUGCAUCCUCAAAAGGAUGUUACUGAUUAGAAGAAGUCAUAUAUGGGCAUCAAUUCCCUGUAAAUACAGAUUAAUUUUGGCUAAAACAAUCAAAAUUGCAAACGUAGACCCUUUUCACAGUCGUGGCAUACUUCCUCUGUAUAUACUGAAACACAAAACAAGCAAUCGCUGUCAGAAAAUUGGCGUCAAAACUCCGUUGGCAUGUGUGAGAAGAGAUCUACAAUUAAAUAAUAAGAUUCAAGAAUAACAUGCUAUCAUCUUGUAUCUUAUUAAUGAUCUUUCUCAUAGUUCUUUGGUUUUUUUUGUGUUGUAAAAUCUGUAUCAUGAUGCAAUCAAACCCAGAACAGUGAAGGGCCUAGCAGUGUGUGUGUGUGUGUGUGUGUGUGUGUGUGUGUGUGUGUGUGUGUGUGUGUGUGUGUUUAAAGGAGAGUGUAUACGUGUGUCUGUUUCUGUGUUUCCUGCUUUCCGUUGAAUUAUUAUUUGUGUGUAAUUUAGUCUGUUGAAUUCAGUACAUUCCUAUAUUAUUUAUGGUUUUGUUGUGAUUGUAACAAGUGUAUAUACCAUUCAUAUACACAUUCUAUAAAUAAAUAUAUAUAUAAAUAUAUAUAUGAACCAACCAAUAUGAUCAGUGUUUGUCAAUGGUGGUCCUGUACAUAUAUAGAUUUUGUUUUUCUUGUCCAUGUGGAGGGAUGUUAAGUUAUGGCCAUUUGAUUGAAAGUGUAAACUGCAUGUUCUGGCAUGCGAGCUGAGCUGGGGACUGAAUGUCGAUCACUGGUUGGUGGCAGUAAAGGUUUCACUGUCACUCUGCUCUGGUAGCGCUCACACUGCCAGCUGCACGAUUCACGUCUUUGACCAAGUUUUGUUUCUCCUUUUUUGAUCCACUCUGCACUAGUAUUUACUCCUUUAAAAGGUGAUAAGGGUUGUUUUUGUUAUUGAUUAUUUGAAAACAAGUGGAAGAUGCUGUAAGGAAAUAAUGUUCCUUUUUGUUUGUGUUUCUCACUGGGAUGUAUGAUUUAGUUUCACUCAUGUUGGUACUCAAGUGUAAAAGGUGUUUUCGUUGAGUAUUUAUGUUUUUGCUUUCUGCUUUUAGUCUGUUGCAAAGUGCCUUCCAAAUACUGAUUGUGCACAGCAGUGGAUUAAAAAAGGUCCUCUUUUCUAAAAGGUUAAGAAUUGUACAGAGUGACUUGCAUUGACACUUUUGUAUAAAAACACACAGAAAAUGUACAAUAUGUUAACUUGGUAUUUUAUCAUCGUACUCAACAAGAUUGCUCUUAAGACAUGUGAGCUACAUGAUUUGUUAUUACGUCUUUGGACAUAUUUCAAUAUAAGCAUACUUUUCUAUAGAUAUUUGUUUUUGUACUCUGUUAUUGAAUCUCAUCUCUCUUGUUGGUACAGAGAUGAGCAUCAAAUAAAUUGCAAUUGAAAAAG